AUGCAUGAUCCUGAUGGAGCGCAAGCUUGGCUCAAGGAGAUGGAACUGAUUUUUUUGGGUUAUGGAUUGCUCUGUAACAUAAAAAGUGCGGUGACUGAGUAUGCUGCUAGAUUUGUAGAGUUGGCAAAGUUUUAUCCUCAUUACGAUGAGGCUACUGCUGAGUUCUAUAAAUGUAUCAAGUUUGAGAACAGUUUGCGUCCCGAAAUCAAGCGGGCAAUUAAAUAUAAAAAAAUCUGCAAGUUUCUGGAGUUGGUGGAUUCUUGUAGAAUUUACGAGGAGGAUAAUAAAGCUCAUUACAAGUCUAUGAGUGAAAGGAGGGGCAAGCAACAUCAGAACCGUGGAAAGCGUUACACUUCUCCAGCUAACAAAGGUAAACUAAGAGUUGUUGAUGGAAAAAAUUCAAGUGGGGAGGCGCUCAUGCUAACAUUAGAUGUUAAAGAUGUGGUUGGUCACGAGGUGGCUGAUUGUGAGUUCAAAGUAGUUGUGUGUUUAAAUUGUGGCGAGGAAGGACAUAUUAGUGAUCAAUGUCAGAAACCGAAGCGAGCUCAAACCGGAGGGAAAGUUUUUGUGUCAUCUGAGACUCAGAAAACUAAUGAAGACAAUUUGAUCAGUGGUACAUGUUUCAUUAAUGGUACUCCUUUACUUACUAUUAUUGAUACUGGUGCUACUCAUUGUUUUAUUGUUGUUGAUUAUGUAAAGAGGUUGGGUCUUGUUUUAUCUUUUAUGAAUGGAGAAAUGAUUGUCGAUACUACGGCUAAUGGGCCGGUGACUACUUAUCUUAUAUGUUUGCAGUGUCCUUUGUCGAUGUUCGAUAGAGAUUUUGCUGUGGAUUUAAUUUGUUUACUGUUGAGUGGACUGGAUGUGAUUUUGGGUAUGAAUUUUUUGGAAUGCAACUAUGUUCAUAUUAGCUGUUAUAACAAAUUAGUGCGGUUUUCUACUUCCGAUGAGGAGAAGGAAACUGAGUUCUUACCUGCUAGACAGUUUAAUGAGUUGAUGAAAGAUGAAGUUCAGGUGUUUGCAUUGAUGGCUUCUUUAAUCAUUGAAAGUAAGGCUACUAUUGAUGAAUUACCAGUAGUGCGAGAAUUUGCCAAAGUUUUUCCAGAUGUACCGCCAGAGAGAGAAGUGGAAUUUACUACUGACCUUGUCCCUGGUACUAGACAUGUAUCUAUGGCAUCAUACAGUAUGUCGGCGUCUGUAUUAGUAGAGUUGAAUAAACACUUAGAAGGGCCGCUUGAUUAG